AUGGCCAAAAACACGAAAAAGGCGACUCGAAAGUUCAUCAAGAACCGUCUUCCGGGUGUUCUUGAAAAAAGAAAAGACGGCGCGAAGAUUAAACAGCGACAACAAGUGAAGGCCAAACGACAGGCGCGAAACGCAAAAGAUGCCGAAUUCUUGGGUGGAAAAGAUGGGGAAGAGGGUGCUAAGUCAAAGGAGCCUUCAAAGGAAGAUCCAUUUGGAAAGAUGAACGUGGAUGAUUUCUUUCAAGGUGGUUUUGAAAUUCCAGAAAGACCCGCGAAGAAAUCGAAAUCGAAAUCGCAAUCCUCGUCGAACGCAGAGAAGCUCGGCAAACGGAAACGAUCAGAACCAGAGGAUGACAACGAAGACGAUUCCUCCGAGGCGUCCUUUGGAGAAGCCCCUGUCUUGAGCGAUAGAGAUGCCGGAAGCGACGAGGAGGAUGCGACGGGCAUGAGUAAAGGAGCUAUGGAAGCAUUGGCACAGAACGACCCAGAAUUCUACAAGUAUCUCAAGGAGAAUGAUCCUGAGGCGUUGGACUUUGACGAAGAUGCAGAUUUGGCUGAGGUCGACGGUUUAAGCGCCAGCGACGAAGAAGAUGCACCGAAGAAGAAAAAGCAAAAGAAAUCAAAAAAGGCUGCUGUGGACGAAGCUGAUGGUUCUGAUGACGAAGAUCCUGACUCGGCUGAAGUGACCAAGGCUAUGGUAACAAAAUGGACUAAAGCCAUGACAGAGGAACACUCGAUGCGGGCGAUGCGACAAGUUGUGCUCGCAUUCAGAGCAGCAGCUCAUGUCAACGAGGACGAAGGGAAGGAAUACAAAUACACGAUAUCGGAUCCCAACGUCUACCACGAGCUACUUCUCUCCACUCUCAAAAAUGUACCAAUGGUUCUCAAUCACCAUCUGCCGGUUAAGGAGUCCACUGCUGGAAAAGUUCGAGUCUCAACGGAUUCGAAAAAGUUCAAGACACUCACGCCUCUUCUCAAGUCGCACACAUCAUCUGUCCAUCAUCUUCUGACAACCCUCUCAGACGAGGCAACUCUCAAACUCACCCUAUCCUCAAUAAUUCCUCUCUUACCAUACCUUCUCUCGUUUAAAAAGGUUCUUAAAAAUGUUGUCAAGACUGUGGUCAAUAUCUGGUCAGAUGCCGCAAGCUCGGAGGCAACAAAGAUUACUGCCUUUUUGGUGUUGCGAAGACUGGCGGUCAUUGGAGAUCCCGGACUUCGAGAGGCUGUUUUGAAGACCGUCUACCAAGGAUUGAUUAAAGGUAGUCGAACAACAUCUGUUCACACAAUCCAAGGAAUAAAUCUCAUGAAGAAUUCCGCGGCUGAGCUCUGGGGAAUAGAUCAGGAUGUGGGAUAUUCUACCGGAUUUACCUUUAUUCGCCAGUUGGCCAUACAUCUGAGAAGCAGCAUCACCAACAAUCAAAAGGAGAGUUACAAGACAGUAUACAACUGGCAAUACGUGCACUCAUUAGAUUUCUGGUCUUGUGUACUCUCAGAACAUUGCAGCCCUUUGAAAGAAGCAGAGACCGGGAAAGAAUCCCAGCUUCGGCUCCUGAUCUACCCCACCGUACAAGUCACACUUGGAGCUAUGCGGCUUAUUCCAACUGCAACUUACUUUCCUCUUCGCUUUCAAUUGAUCCGGUCACUUCUUCGGCUUUCUCGAGCGACCGGUACCUACAUUCCUCUAGCAUCUGCACUUCUCGAAGUUCUCAAUUCGGCAGAAAUGAAGAAACCCCCAAAACCGAGUACAGUCAAAAGUUUGGACUUUGCAUCUAACUACAAAGUACCAAAGUCGUAUCUUCGAACACGAGUAUACCAAGAUGGUGUUGCAGAACAGCUUGUUGAGUUAUUGUCAGAGUUCUUCGUGCUUUGGUCAACAAGUAUUGCAUUUCCCGAGUUUGCAUUACCUGUGGUGGUUAUGAUGAAACGAUGGCUGAAGGAGGCUAGUAACAAGAGUACGGGUAAUAAGAACAACAAGAUUAAUUCCAGCUUUCUAUUACUUAGUCAAAUGCUGGAAAGGAACGGCAAAUGGAUUGAAGAGAAACGGGCCAAGGUUGAUUUUGCGCCAAACAAUCGUGCAGGGGUUGAGGGGUUCUUGAAAGGAUUUGAAUGGGAAAAAAUUCCCCUAGGUGCAUUUGUCGUCGGACAGAGAAAGCAGAGAGAAGAAAAGGCGAAAAUGUUGGAGGAGAGCCGAAGAGAAGAGGAUAGGAAACGACAGGAGGAUAGGGAGAAGGAAAAGGCCGCACCUGAAAGUGAUGAUGAAAGUAUGGAGGAUGUAGAUGAAGAUGAAGAUGACGACUCAGAGGCAGGAUUUGAUGAGGAUGAUGAGUGA